AUGAAUGAUGAGGUGUCAAAUUUGCUCUACGAAGGGAUUAACCUGAUUUUUGAGAAGUGGACUGUUCUCCGUUUGGCCGUGACGAACAACUGGGGAGGGCCGAGUUCGGAAGAGAAAAAAAAAAAACUAAUUGAAUAUGUUCACAGCUACGUGUUGUCGGCUAGCAGCCCAAAACACAAGCUGUGCGACUACUUGAGAGACGAAAUGAACACCCUGUUCAACGUAGACAUUGAGGAUGACAGUGAUAUCGAAGUCUCCGAUUUGAUAUUGGACCUGUACAGCAACUUGAAAAAGAACAACCUAGACAUUAUAGAAAAAAUUAAGCAGAUAGAGGUAUCCGACCUGACCCAAUGCAAGGAAAACAACUUAGUGGAGGAGGCCUACGAUUCUGGAGAUGCCGAAUCGGGAAGCGAUUUUUCGGAUGAAGAGCAGUCAGAGAGUGACUACUCGGCUGAAGACCAUUCUGAUGGAGAAAAAUAA